AUGCCGUUCGACGUCGGCGAAGGAGAGCGGAUCGGCCAGGGAGGCAUAGGCACAGCUCGUGGGGGCGGUGGGAGGGAGAGCGGGAUAGAAGGCGGCGAUGAUCAGUUGUGGGCCAUGCAGAUGGGGGCGAAUGCGAACCACGUGUGUGUGGUGGAGAGACAAGUCUUGCUCGGCAUCGGCGUCAUCGCGGAAUGCGGCGCCGACUUUGCCGAACCGGACGCCUCGCUGUCCACACCACUACCGCCACCCUCACACCACGACGACUCCUUCGAAGCCCCAGGAAAUGCCGGGGCCGUGUACGCGAUGCGAUGCCUGCAAGCGGUACCCCGUUCUCCAUGGCGCUCUUUGCAGCCGCCAAGACCAUGUCUGGCGAUCUCGGGCCAUUCGCCCACGCUCUCGACUCCGCCCAGCGACGUCGUUCGGUCACCAGGCGGUCCCCUGUGUCGGACAUACCACAUCUCGGUUGAUCCUCACCGCUGGAUCGUGUCAGCCACGCUCUGCAUGUGCAUCGAUUUGCAGCGCGCCGUCGCGAAGAGCGCCAGGUCACAGGUCCCGGGGCCGUCACCAGCGCCCCCAAUGUUGCGGAGGGCAACUGAAGUCACAUUUGAGUGCGAGGCGUUGCAGACGCCCCUGCUCAUCUUGCCAUUCCCGCUACGGCAACGACGGUCAUUUGUUACCUUCCUUGCUCAAAAUGCAGUCUCCCAUAAGCGUUGUGGUAUAGGUCUGCGAAUGGGAGGCUGCUACGAGUCAACACCGCUGUUCUGUCCCCCCGUGCUGGUGCGAAUGCUUGCGCUUGAAGCGCAUGGCAUAUAUGCUGGCCCAAGCAUACACUUCUGCUUCGGUACCAAAAAGCUGACAUUAUGCGGCCACCCGUAA